AUGGCCGUCACUGAAGCAUUGCGCGCUGUCGCCGUAUACUGUGCAUCGUCGCCAGGGAACGACCCCGCGUAUCGCGAAGCUGCCUACUCCGUUGGACGUGCGCUGGCUUCACAGAAGCGCCCACUUGUAUAUGGCGGCGGAUACAAAGGCAUCAUGGGCUUCGUCUCAGAUGCAGUGAUUGAUGCGGGAGGAGAAGUCACGGGUGUCGUCCCGAAAGCGAUGGUAGAGGCAGGCGGGGAAGGCGAGAAGACGUCAGGAGAUGCGUCUGCGCACGGUGCGCCCGUCGUGUUGGACGAGUCCAAGGAAAACGUGCAGACGGUCAUCGUGGGAUCCAUGCAUGAACGGAAGGUCGAGAUGGCUAAGCGAUCUUGCGCCUUCGUUGGAUUGCCGGGCGGGUUUGGAACGUUUGAGGAGGUGUUGGAGGCAGUAACAUGGACACAACUGGGUAUCCACGACAAACCCGUCAUCCUUGUCAACGUCUUCGGCUUCUGGGAACCUCUACGCGCGCUUAUCGAGGGUUCGAUCGCGUCGGGCUUCAUUCGCAAGGACGGCGAUUCGCUGGUCAUCUUUGUCGAUGGACCGGAGGAUCACUCUAAGCACGCGGAGUAUGACUGGGGAACUGAAGUCCUGCAGCACAUCGACAGUUGGAAGGGAGGCCCGAAGGGCUUUUACAAGUGGACAUGA